GUUGUCAACCCUUCAAAAGGAACGAUGACUAUUCCCAAGAGCUUCCGCGUCGGAGAAAUCAACGAGAACGCUGACAGCGGUUACUUCGCAACUACCUGGAGCAAAGCAAUGAAGGUCUUGACAGCAGCUACAGUGGUCUCUUCCCUCUUCGGCUCAGCAGCCGCAUCUUCUGCUGCUGUAACACGUGUUCAGCAGCCCGUCAACACUGCGUUUCAUCCUCUCAGUCUGGCUUUGAUGAAAAGUGCCUGUAAGGCAGUAUGAUGGCAGAGUCUGGGGCUCUAUAUCCGAAGAGUAUUGGUACAAGUACCAGAGGGAUAUUUAUUUAGAAGUAUGGGACUUGGAAGAGUGAUUGUAGGCCCCACAGUUAUUGUAGGCCUAAGCCAAUGAUACUAGGGAAAGGAGAAGAUUAAGACGGUCAGAAUGAUAUGUGGAAAGUAGUAUUUGAAGGUAUG